AUGCUGUAAGUGAAAGAUGAGUGUCCCCUUCCGUGGAACAGAAAGCGAACAGUCUCCGCCUGCCGCUUCCGACUUGCGACUCUCCGGACGUACGCCGCUCCGGGAGGUGGCGAGAAAAUGACGCAGGCGGCGGCAUCGGCCGACAUUGUCCUCCACAAUGCGUUUGUCGUCACCAUGGACGGCGCCCUCACGGUCCUCCGGGACGGCGCCAUCGCCGUCGCGGGCAACCGCAUCGCCGCCGUGGGCCCUUCAGCGGACGUCCUUAGCGCCUUCCCGGGCGCUGCGCAGACUCUCAACCUCGCGGGUCGUAUCCUCCUUCCCGGGUUUGUGAACACCCACGUGCACACGUCGCAGCAGCUGGCGCGGGGUAUCGCCGACGACGUCGACCUGAUGACGUGGCUGCACGGGAGGAUCUGGCCCUAUGAGUCUCACAUGACGGAGGAGGACUCCUACGCCUCCACACUCCUCUGCGGCAUCGAGCUCAUCCGAUCUGGGGUAACAUGCUUUGCCGAAGCGGGUGGUCAGUAUGUUUCAGAAAUGGCUCGGGCGGUGGAAUUGCUGGGAUUGCGUGCAUGCUUGACAAAGUCAACAAUGGACUGUGGUGAUGGGUUACCUCCAAACUGGAGUUCUUGUUCCACUGGCGACUGCAUUCAGUCACAGAAAGAUCUAUAUGAAAAGCAUCAUAACACAGCUGAUGGGCGAAUCAGGAUAUGGUUUGGGUUGAGACAGAUCAUGAAUGCCACAGAUCGGUUACUGCUUGAAACAAGGGAUGCUGCACAGGAACUGAAUACUGGAAUCCAUAUGCAUAUUGCGGAAAUACCAUAUGAAAAUCAGCUUGUAAUGCGGACGAAGAAAAUUGAUCAUGGGACAGUUACAUAUUUAGAGAAAAUUGAUUUUCUGAGGAGCAAUUUGCUGGCUGCCCAUUCUGUUUGGUUGAAUGAGUCUGAGAUAAGUCAUUUUUCAAACGCUGGUGUCAAGGUUUCUCAUUGCCCAGCAUCUGCCAUGAGAAUGCUGGGGUUUGCUCCUAUUAGGGAAAUGCUGGAUUCUGGUGUUUGUGUCUCUCUCGGUACCGAUGGAGCACCAAGCAAUAACAGAAUGAGCAUUGUUGAUGAGAUGUACCUAGCCUCCCUUAUUAACAAAGGGCGUGAGGCCUACAUCAGUGGUACAACAGACCCAACCGUGCUUCCUUCUGAGACUGUGCUGACGAUGGCUACUAUUAAUGGUGCAAAAGCGGUUCUGUGGGAUAAUGAAAUAGGUUCUCUGGAGGUUGGCAAAAAGGCGGACCUGAUUGUGGUGAAUCCAUUUAAGUGGUCCAUGGUUCCGUUACAUGACAGCAUUGCCAACAUUGUUUAUUGCAUGCGGUCAGAAAAUAUUGAAUCUGUUAUGUGCAAUGGCCAAUGGAUUAUGAAGGAUCAGAAGAUUAUGAAUGUAAAUGAGGAGGAGGUAAUUUCUUCGGCAGUAAAAAGAGCAACUGCCCUCCUAGCGCGAGCUGGCAUCAAUCUCCCUGAAAGGAUGAACUACUUGUGAUUUAAUCAUGCUAGUUCUUCAUGCAUAACCUUUCGUGGGGUUAUUCAAUGCUAGUUCAUCUCCCCGAAACUGUUAUUUUUGCAUUUUUUAGUGGGUUCAUUUCGAGGACCUACUAGUUGGUCUUUUCUUCACUGGCAAUGAACAACUCAACCUGAAGCA